AUGCCAAGGGACACGACCGGUCGUGAACUCACCGACGACCAGAGGUCGGCGGUGUACCAUCGACUCCUGCAGCUCAAGAGCAACGGGCGUGUUGGCCAUGGAGAGAUGAAGAAUCUGAUGCAGUCCUUCAACAUCAGUCAGCAAACCAUCUCACGCUUCUGGCGGCGUGGAUGCGAGACAGCAGCUUCACUUGGAGUUGCAAAGGUCGGCUCCCAAAACAAGGGACGGUGCGGGAGGCCACGCAAGUACAAGGACGAAGACGUUCGAAGUGCCGUCACCAGUGCACCAGCUCAUCUACGCGACAACUACAGAACAAUGGCAAAGGCCACUGGUGUCCCCAAGACAGCGCUGUGGCGUCUCGUCAAGGCGAAAAAGUUGAAUCGGCGCACAAGCCGUCUGCGACCAAUGCUCACACCACAAAAUCGUGUUGCGCGGUACAAUUUCGCAAAGUCGUUCAUUUGUGAUGGUUACCAAGGCUGCCGCCAGUGGCACGACGUGUUGGACUGUGUCCAUAUCGACGAAAAGUGGUUUUACAUCACCCAAGUCAACCGAAGGUUCUAUCUUUGGCACGAUGAGCCAACGCCACAACGAAAGGCCCAAUCAAAGCGUCACAUAACCAAGGUCAUGUUCCGUUGUGCCGUCGCUCGUCCUCGACAUUACAGUGCACAUCGCAAGAUGUGGGAUGGCAAGGUUGGGUUGUGGCCGUUUGUUGAGACCGAGUUGGCGAAACGUCGAAGCAAGAACCGUGAUCAUGGCACACCUGUUACUGUGCCGAUGACUGUAUUACCGCUUUGUCGAACGCAUUAUGAAUAA